AAUUGACAAAAUUUCUUCAAUUAUUCAGAAUUACAUGGGAGAAAAAGGGGAAAUCACUUUCAGAAGUUUGGGUUUGAGUGUUGAGACCCAAAAGGCGCUUCGAAGCAGUGGUUUUCGCAAACCCACUGUUAUACAACAGAAAGCGUUGCCACCUGCUCUGCAAGGAAGAGAUGUUUUGGGGGCAGCUCAGACAGGUAGCGGGAAAACUCUGGCCUUUAUCAUCCCGCUACUUGAACUGCUUCGAAAAGAGCAAUUCCUGCCUUCACAUGGAUUGGGAGCCUUAGUUCUCACUCCUACCCGAGAAUUGGCAUACCAAAUCUUCGAAGUUCUCAGAAAUGUGGGAUGCAAUCACAAGUUCUCGGCUGCAUUGGUCAUUGGAGGCAAGGACUUGAAAUUCGAGACUGAACGAAUGGGCGAAAUGAACAUUUUAAUUUGCACUCCGGGUCGAUUGCUACACCAUAUGGACGAAAAUGUGCACCUCGACUGUUCAAAUUUACGAAUGUUAAUCAUUGACGAGGCGGACAAAAUUCUGGAGAUGGGCUUUAAAGACGCCGUAGACGGAAUAAUCGCCAACCUCCCACCUGACAGACAAACGCUUCUUUUCUCUGCGACACAGACACGCAAAGUGGAAGACCUCAGCAGACUAGCACUGAAAGAUCCAGAGUAUAUUUCGGCACAUGAGAGUCUUCCCAAUGCUACUCCGGACAGACUCACUGAACAGAUUUACUCUGUAGUCGAGAUAGGCGAUAAAUUAGAUGUGUUGCAUUCCUUUAUUCGCAAUCACCUCAAGUGCAAGAUUUUAGUGUUUUUGUCCACUUGCAAACAAGUUAAAUUUGUUCACGAGAGUUUCACAAAGAUGCAAUGUGGCGUGCCGUUGCUAUGUUUACACGGAGGCAAGCAUCAGUUGAAGCGAAUGGAAGUGUACGACAAGUUUUGCUCGAAGGAGUUUGUAGUCUUAUUCGCUACAGACAUCGCCUCCCGCGGUCUCGAUUUCCCGGAAGUAGACUGGGUGGUGCAAGUGGAUUGCCCAGAAGACGUUAAAACAUACAUACACAGGGUUGGGAGAACAGGGCGCUUUGGGGCCGAGAAAAGUGGGAGAGCAUUUUUAAUGCUGCAUCCCCAUGAACAACUGCCAUUCGUAAAUCAACUGAAGGAGGCCAAAGUCCCGAUCAUCCAAUCGGAUCUCGAUCAGAAUAUGAUUCACAGAAAGACGAGGACGGAGCACAAAUUAAGGUCUUUUAACGCGGAGUGUGUGGAAUUACACGAAACUGCCAAGCGAGCAUUCGUUGUUUACUGCAAAUUUGUCUACCUAUGCAAGAAUAAAGAUGUAUUUGAUAUCCAGAAAUUGGAUUUAGAAGGUUUCGCUAGAUCACUGGGCUUAAUCACAGUACCGCGACUAAGGUUCCUCCAGAAUUUAAACAUAAACGUUAAUGGCACCGGAAGAAGUUUAAUUGGUAACGAACAAAGUCACGAAAAACUUGAAGAUAACGAGGUAAGUUUACAGGCAGCGUUGAAGUCUAUCGACGAUAUUGACGAUCCCUUAAUCAAAAAAGAAAAUAAGACAAAACCAUCAAGAACUGUUUUUGAAGACGAAGAUCUCGAGAGUUUGAAUUUUGAUGAAAAAUCAGCGAAAACAAAGCCCUUAACUGCAGCCAAGAAAGCUAAGAUUUUGAAAAGGAAAAACAUUAAAGUCCACCAGCAUAUCAAGUAUGAAAGCGAUGAUGAUGAGCAAGUAAGCGCUGAUACUGGGCUGGGAGAAGCAGAGUCUAACUUAGAAACAUCUGAAGGAAUUAACAUCGAUGCUUUAAGAGAAAAAAUGAAAAGUAGAAACACUUCGGAUAAACUGAAAAAACGACAAAUCGUGAAGGAAAAGAUUCGCGAAAAAGAACAGAAGGAAAAAGGAGAGGAAGAUGGAAAAGAGCUUGGCGUGAAUCAGUUCAGGUUCGAUUUCAGAAAGAAUAGUGAAAGUAGCGACCAGGAAGACAAAGAUGAAGAGAGUAGUGUAUCUACCAAAAAGCGGAAAAUAGCCGCUAAAAGUGAGCCCAAAUCGGAUCUGUUCGAUUACGAGUCUUUAGCAAAGCAGGAAAAUCUUCUUUUGCAACUCAUGGACAAUUAAUUUUGGUGGAUUUCAAUGUUAAAAUAAAAAUGUUCAAUCAAAAACUUC